UCGUGGGAAGCGGAACUUUUGGUUACUUAGGUUAUGCUUUAGCUGUCAGCGGCAGCGUGGAAAAAGCGUUGGCGACAGCGACGCACACGUCUAUUCGCAAGGAACCCUUAAACUAGAGUUAAGGGCCAUUUAAGAGAAUAGUUACAUGGUAUGGUCAUAAUUUUUUCUCUCACAAAAAAGUUCACAAACUGUAACCUCUCAUAGAGUGCAUCAAAAAAUCUCAAAUUUUGACUGUUUGUCAACGUAUUGUAUGUGCAUCAUUUGUACAAAAUUGAACUUAAUUGGUCAAUCUUAUGCGAAGGUAGAACCGUUCUGGUAAAGCAUUUUUCAGACCACUGAAUUUUGAACUAUUAUAUCCCGGAAACCAGUGAACCGAAUUGAAUGAAAUUUUUUGUCUUAAAAAUACUGUUUCACCAGAACGGUUCUAACUUCGCGAAAGAUUAACCAAUCGAGCUCAAUUUUGUACCAAUGAUGCACAUUUAACAGAUUGACAAACAGUCAAAAUAAGAAAGGUUUGAUGCACUAUAUGAAAAGUUACAGCACGAUGAACUUUUUGUGGAAAAAAGUUGCCUAUCAGAAACAUUUUAGCCAGACCCAUACUGUUUCCUAUUCAUAUGGGACUGUUUUGCGAGUGGGGGCAGCUUAGUCAAAAUACAUUUAAAUGUGUCAAUAAAUGAAGAGAAUAAAUUCUUGUUGAAAACAAAUAAAAAUAAAAGACACCGUAUAAGUAAGCCUCCACGGUACCUUAGAAAUUUGGCUCUAGCUUCUCUAGUGAAACCAUAUGAUUCAUUAAUCAUCCUACUCUGUAUACUAAUGUAUGUAAGCAGUUGAGCACAUCUCUUCCAGCAGCUGGUAUCAGGUUUCACUGUCAUGUUGCUCUCCUAUCUCGAUUUGGGUCAAACUAUUCGUAUCCGAUCUGGAUGAAGCUCGUUCAGACUCCAAACCGUGAACGCCAUUUAGUCAUGGCCAAAUCGUUCGAAAAGUGGUACGCUUUUUUGGUGCUGCUCCUACUGCCCGGGGAAUUUGUAGCUGCUGAUGGCGGCGGUUUCGAAAGCACCAUUCAAUACGCAGUUUUCAAUAGGGAAUCUCAAAAAUUGAUCUACUUGACCGAUGACGACGACGGUUUCACCGACAAUGGUUGCAAACCGAACGAACCGUUUGCCAUCGUAAUCCACGGAUGGCGAGACAGUGCCACCAAGGAUUGGGUCGUUGACCUGCUUUCGAAUUUGACGACCUACCGCCCGGGAUGCACCAUGUUCAUGAGUUACGGAAACGACAGCCAAAAGAUGAACUACUUCCGGGAUCUGUAUCCAAAUUUUGAUCUGCUGGCCAGCUCUUUGACUCAGUAUCUUCGACGGGUGGAAGCUGUUGGGUUCGAUCCCGAUGAUGGGUACCUCUUUGGAUUCAGCUUUGGUGCGAACCUAGCGUUGGAAGCCGGUCGAAGGUUUGGCUUACAGCGGCUUGGGAGAAUUGAUGUGUGUGAACCAACAGGAGUGCGAUUCGACAACGACAAGCGAUACUUCCUGUUGGACCCCAAACUGGCUGCCAAACAGGUUCAGUGUAUCCAUACGAGCAACAAUUUGGGGACACAACGGCGCGAUUGUCACGUCAGUUGGAGUAUGGGCAUUUGUGGACGGGAACAAUCAGCAGCGGGUCCAUUUCCGAAGGGAUCCCAUGGACUGUGCGUGCAUUUCUACAACAGUGCUUUUUCGCAUCGCUUCUAUGCCGUUCCCAAGCCGAAGAACUGCAAAUCAAAUAGGUUUGCAGCCACUUGGCCGGUGGGAUUCCGAAUGGGGUACUUUUGCGAAAUGGAGAGGUCUAGCAAAGUAUAUGGCGAGCUGUUUGCCGAGACGACGAAGAAAUAUCCGUUUACAGAUAAGAAGUAAUCGCAGUUGCAAGAAAUUUCAUGAAUAUUGUUGAACAUGAUAACAUGAAUAAAGUCGUGUAUUUGUCACCCUGAAGCCUACAUAUUAUUGCUUGAGCCUACACAUCUUGAGUUUGAGCUUGUUUGACAAAUAGCAAAUGGGGAGCGGACCUGCACAGCAAAAAAAUCUGAAUAUUAAUCGUAGCGUAAAUCCAAAAACAAUGUAGACUUAACUCAUGUAAACGGUAUUUAAACUUAAAUUUACAGCGUAUGACAUUGACAUGUUCAUGUUUUCUUAUUAUCGUAAAUAUUCAACGUUUGUUUAGUUAAUGUAGCCGCUCAAAACUAAACAUGCGCCGAAUUUCUUUUACGUUUACAUCAUCGAACCAACAACUUUACAUGAGAUGCGUGUAAAGUUGAUUACUUGACAAUUCAACAUGGCGUCAACGUAAACAAACCGUCCGUCGUCGCAUCCGGCCGAGCUUGAAUAAUCUUCUCCAGCUUUGUAUUGAUUUUUUUCUCCGAAAGAACAAGCUUUCUUGGUAAGUUUUUACUUGAUGAGUAAUAAAAUGAUAAUAACAACAUAGAAUCAAUUCUGUUUCAGACAAAACCGAAGGAGUGUGCAAGGAAUUGAAACAUUUGCAACGGCGGCAGCAGCAGUGGCAGCAGCAGCUAAGUGGUUUUUCAAUUUCAUCCGGAAUAUGUUUCGUGGCUGAUUUUCUCGGUGGAUCUCUACGAAAGAUGUAUUGCAAGGAAACGAAAGGAUCAAAGAUGUGAUAGGUAUUUUCUGUUGGAUAACAUGGAUCUAGGAACCCAGGAACGCGCUGCGGAACAAGUGUUUAAAAUGCAAAAUAACGUUUUCUUUCACACGAACUGUAUCCAUAAUUUGUGUUCUUUAUAUAAUCCUAACAAGUAUAAUAUAUUAACGAAUAAAUAUGGUAGUCCAGUGCAAAUUUAGGUUGUUUUUAUUUUGGAUGAAUGAAGAAAUCAGAUACCUGUCGCCGCCAAUAUAUGUAGGUUGUAAAAUUUAUCCAAGAUAUGAAAUUUACAUGACUGCUGUACACAAAUGAAACAAAUAAUAAUAUAUCAUGUAAUAGUACAGGAAAUACCACGCUCCAAUUAUGUGCAUGAUAUAUCAUGUAAAUGUACGUGAAUUUUUCGAACUGUGUGGUGUGAUGGUUAGAACACUGGGCUAUCACGCCGAGGACCUGGGAUUGAAUCCCACUCCUGACAAACUCACAAAAUGUGAAUUCUUCCUUCGGAAGGGAAGUAAAACGUGGGUCCCGAGAUGAACUACACACUACGAAAAAAUCAAAAUUACUCGUGACGUAACUUUACUGCACAGAACAUAAACAGUUUAAUGUCGUAAAUUUACUGGUCUUUUGACUUAAUUAUACGUCAUUCUUGUAAAAUUGAGUUCAAUGUGACGUAAACAAUGUGUGAAUCGUGAGGCAUUACGUUUCAUAUGACGAAAAAUCUAGUUUAAUGUGACAGAAAAUUACGUCACUUGGGCGUUCAAACUUAUGUCAUAUGUGUCGCUUUUAUAUGUGCAUUCAAAGUGACGCAAAUUUACAUGAUUUUUUCUAAGUGUGCCUAGGGCUAAAAAUCUCGUUAAUACAGAUGCAAAAAAAUAGCAAAUGCUGAAAAUAAAAGCGCUUCAUAAAAAAUAAACAUAUGUUCCACAAAAUUCUGCAAUGUUACCUAUAAAUAAAACAUGUUUUCCGAAGGUGAGUUUAUCGUCGAUCCUCAACCCCAAGUAUUUAACAAAGUGCUUCGAAUGGAUCUUUCAAUCGCCUACACCACCGACUCUCGGUUGUUCACAUCCACCGCCUCAGUUUUACGGUGAGCCAAUUUUAGUUUCCUGGAUUCCAUCCACUCCUCCACAACCAUAAGUAGUCAAUUUCACUCCUGAGGUUAUAUGAAGCACUUCCGACCCAUCUAUGAGUCGUACUAUUUUAUCUCGAUUCUGGAAGUAACUUACGCUAUUGAAUGCAUUCCUUACAUCUAGUGUCACUACUACACAGAAGCGAGUCCCCCUCUUACGCUGGAGCGCUAUUUCGACAGUCAUUGUAACCGGAAAGACAGCGUCUACAGUCGACCUCCCCUUCCGGAAACCGAACUGUCUGCUCGAGAGGCUAUGCACACCCUCUAUGUGUUCAUUCUAUUGAGGAUGAUCUUUUCCUAGCACCUUCCUUGCCGUGUCGAUCAAGCAUAUUGUUCUAUAUGCCGACAGGUCUCUGGGUGGUUUCCCGCUUUUGGCAAAAGAACCAGACUCAGCCUCUUCCAAACUCUUAGGAAAACUUCCUCGUUCAGGCAUUUCUGUAUGGCAGACCUGAACAUCUUGCGAGCCUCUGCAAUAGCCACUGGCCUUAUUGGCCAAUAACCAAUCUGGCCUUCAAAGGUUCGGAACUCCGUUAGGACCUGGGGUCUUACCUACGGUAAAGGACAUUGCUAUCCCCGCAAUUUCCACAUCGGUGACCUUCUUCUCAUCACCAGCCCCAGUCAAAGGAUUACGACGCGGAAAAAGCCCCUCGAUGAUCUCCUACAACAUCUCUGGAGAUUGCUCGCUAGGAACCAUUACACCCGCUAUUACCACCGGCCAGUUCAGCAUCUGCAUGAAUUGCUUGUUUGGCCACCGCGGAGGCGCAUAACAGCUACAGAAGAAUACCCGGCUUACUUGGGGACCACGAAGCCCUCAUAGGUAGUAGACACCAACUCCUGGACGGGGUAUUUACCCGUCGUCCAUAUCGCCGCCAUUUUUCUGGUCCCAUCCGCGACCCAGUUGCCGUUGCCGGCGGGUACUCGGUAUGGGUCCGAUAUGAUGGCGAUAUCCAUCCUCCACUCAGAAACCACCUGACAAAGCAGUCGCUGAGUCGCAUCACAGUGGUUCAGGUUCAGCUACGUUACCUGUACUGUGAUUUGUUCACUGCGGCUUUCUUGAAAGCCGGGCACUUUGGACCACCCGUUGGAUGCCUGUUGUUCACGGAUUUCCCGGUACAAAUCAGACAAAUGGGGGCACUCAUGCAGCCUUGUGCCUUCUUCCUUGUGGCCUUCGGCGCCGCAUCUCCUACACAGUUUGUUCCUGUCAGGGCCUUUGCCUUUGCAGUCCCAUGACUUGUGUCCUGGUUCCAGACACCUAAAACAAACGUCAGUUUACAUACACACCAGCAUGGCCUAAAUCCUUCCUCAUGUCCUCCCUACUUUAACGGACUUUUUACGGACUUUUUAACGUCCGCCACAGGUAGCUGAACCAAAGCUACCUGUGUCCCUGCCGGCUCCUUCCGUAAACUAACGGCUGCGGUUGCCACCUGCACUUCGUACUGUUGCCGCAGUGCCGUGACGAGCUAUUCCACUUCGGUGACCUCGUCUAGGUUUUUCGCCAUCAGAGUCGCCUCUUGAGUGAGAGUCCUCACCUCUACCCCUUCGUCGUGAAACUCUCUCGGCGGACUUUUGUAGGUGGCGCCCUAGCGCUCCUUAUCGCGCUUCAGCUCUAGAAUCAACUCACCUGUACGAGUAUGUCUGAUACCGCGCACGUCGGCCGGCUUCCAGAUACACAAGUUUAGCGUUGCUGCGCAUCGCCUUCAAGACAUCCGAGCACUCCGACUGUUUGGUCUUGAUGACAAGCGCGUCGCCUUUCUCGCGCUUGGCAACUACUCUUUGACGUCCCUAGCUUCCUAGACAUGUGGUUUUAUCUUCUUCUUCCACUCGACCUUCAUCCAAGGGGGGUCCUCCCCUUAGUUCACCCUACUCUGUGGUUGCUGAGGGCCUAACAACGGUCGUAACCCUUUGUUCCCAUCCAUUCGGGACGGGCCAGCCUUUUAGGUCCACCCUUCCCAGCUUUCCGGGACACCUGGCUGGGGUCCGACUUGCGGGCAUUACUGCCGACAUUCGAUGUUAGUAUCCUUCUAGCCUUGCAGGCCCCGCUUCUGUGAGUGCUUGCUUAUCACCACAUCUUAUGAACUACCAGCGAAAGCGAAGGCCUUCGUCUGGGUAGACUUCGUAACCUUUACUUUCACCGGUUCCGCCGCUGCUGCAGUCUUCAUGAAUCUCACGUGAUCCGGCUUGGCAUCGUACAUAGACUUACAUAGUCGCAACAGGGCCGUUUUUAGGUCCUUACUUAUGUUGGACUUCGUGGACGCAAAGUCGAUGAUCUUGCCAAACUGCUGC